CUUGAACGUAAAAAUAAUUAUUAAUUUAUUUAACUUUCGUUCUUCUUGUACUUCUCGUACUUCCUUAUCUGUCAAACAAUUUGUUGACAUUUCCACUUUUCCGAAUCAAUUUUCCAAAGAAUGUAAUCAGCCCCAUUUAAGUGCCCCCAUAAUGAACAGUGGUGAAAGUGAGUCCGAAUCGAGUAAUUCCGGCAGUGAGGACAAGUCAACAAUCAUCCACAAAAUCCUUGGCGAAAUGAAAAGUGAAUUCAACAGCCCCCGAGCUGACGACGCCCCCAAUACCAACGACGAAGAAAAACCCCGAAUUAUUCUCUCCUUUAAAAAACCUGCUUCGGAUGAGUCGCCCCCAGUUGGGGGGCGGCGCUCCCUCCGUUACAAAAACCCGGAGGAAAAGCCCGAAUUGAAACGUUCUGCAAGGAGGCGCAGUAAAGACUGCUCCGAGUCGGUUUUACAGAGCGCUAUUGCACGUAAAGAAAAGUCCUACAAUGAGUCAAAUAAGCCCCAAAGACUUACAAGACAAUUGAAACCGACUCAGAAAAUUUUAGAAAAUUUAGCGUUGGCUAAAAUGGAAAAGAGUCGGUUUUUUGAAUGUGAGGAGAGCGAAAGACUUGUAAGAAAACACAAACAUAAGCAUAACAAGUGUCGGAGGCUGAAAAGGGCCAAAUUGGGGCAAGGGGACAGCGAGAAAGAGACUGAUUCGGAUGAAGGGGGCUGUCGGAGGCCGAGGAGCGAAAAUGUGGACGAAGGGGAGGAGUUGGAGGGGGCCAAAGACACGUGCUUGUGUCGGAGAAGGACGAAGUUUUUUCUCGCAACGAAUGAAGAGACGGCCUACUGCGCCGCCGUGGACAGCAUCGAUGAUAAAUUGAUUGGUUGUGGUCGCACUGUAGCCACGAAAGACUUGAUGUUGUUGCGACCUUCAACCCGUGUUCCAUACACGAUUUUUUGCGAUUUGCAUAAAAGUCGUCUCUUGCGUCAUAAUUGUUGUCCAACGUGUGGUAUUUUUUGUACACAGGGACGUUUCGUCCAAUGUGAGAACAAACAUCAGUAUCAUAAAGACUGUCAAAGUGAAGUUGAUUGUUGUCCACAUUGUGGUAUUUCUGGUAUUUCGUAUCAAGUUGAUAUCGUAAUGCAAUUGGGGAAAAAACCGGUUUUUUUGCCCGUACAAAAAGCGCAAUAUAUUACGGCAAGAAUGACAUUUUCGACUUUAAAAACAGAAGAAUCCAAAUGUAUGACGCCACCUUUGAUCCCAAUCGGAUCGUUUGAAUUUGACAAUUCAUUCGAAUAUGGCGACGAAGUGUACGAAAUGAACGAAUUAAUUGUCGCUGUUAAAAAUAAUGCACUGGAAAAAAUUGCCACGAUUUUAGGUUCGAAAACAUUGGACGUCAACAGCAAAAUCCCAGAAUGCCAAGACGGUACAAUACUCCAUAUAGCGGCCGAAAAAGGCAAUGUUUCAAUUGUCCAUAUGCUGGUCGUAGCCGGGACACAAACCGAUGUUUACGACAAAGAUCAAAACACACCGUUAAUGGCGGCCGUAAUGGCCGCCAAUAACGAAACUGUCCGUUAUUUAAUAAAAACAGGCGCCGACAUCCAUCUUAAAGGCACUGACGGCAUGACAGCACUUCAUCUAGCGGCAAAAUGUGGUAAUUUACACGCAUGUCAACUACUCGUUGACAACUCGCCACGUAAAGCUGUCAAUUGUCAAGAUGACGGCGGUUGGACACCCCUUGUAUGGGCGUGUGAGCAUGGUUACGGCGACGUUGCCACAUUUCUGAUUAACAAAGGGGCGGAUCCGUCUGUACGUGACGUUGAACAUAAUGUUGCACUUCAUUGGGCUGCGUUUAGUGGAAGUUGUCAUAUUGCCGGUCUCUUAUUGGAUAAGGGAUGUGACGUCAAUGCGGUUAACGCACAUGGUGACACCCCCUUACAUAUCGGUGCACGUCAAGAUAUGUACGAUUGUAACGUUGUUUUAUUGGCGCGUGGUGCUGACGUCACACUUUUAAAUAAAAAUAACGAAUCGCCAUUGGAUUGUGUACCGGCUGGUGGAGAUACAUACAGUGUGAUUGCGUUAAAUGUGACACUCGGUGGCGCCUACAAUAGUCAAAAUGUCGUUUUGUGCAAUGAUAUUACCAAAGGACGGGAAAGUAACCCGAUUCAGUGUUACAAUAGUGUUGACAAUGCCACCAACCCUAAUGAUUUUAAGUACGUGACUAAAAAUUGUAUAACGUCAGAUGACGUGAAAAUCGAGGCGAAAAUCACAGAUUUACAGUGUUGCCAAUGUGAGGAACGUUGUGUCACUGAUGAUUGUCAAUGUGGUAAAUUAUCGUUGCGUUGUUGGUACGAUGAGGAAGGUAAAUUGAUUCCCGAAUUUAAUUUUGGCGAUAUUCCAAUGAUUUUCGAAUGUAACGACAGAUGUCAGUGUAACGCAAUCACGUGUAAUAAUCGAGUCGUCCAAAAAGGGCCCAAUCAAAGAUUUGAAUUGUUUAAAACACUUGAUAAAGGGUGGGGCAUACGUACGCUCCGCCCCAUAUCACGUGGUAGCUUCAUAUGUGAAUACAUUGGUGAGAUUAUCACGGAUUCUGAAGCUGAUAAGCGUGAAGAUGACAGUUUUUUAUUCGAUUUGGAGAAUCGAGUGUGCAAGAAUGAGGACGUAGAUUCCUAUUGUAUCGACGCAAAAUUCUACGGUAACUUUGCGCGUUUUAUCAAUCAUUCCUGUAAUCCCAAUUUGACAUCUGUCAAAGUUUUUAUCGAUCAUCAGGAUUUGAGAUUUCCAAGGAUUGCUUUUUUUGCAAAUCGGGAUAUUUCAAACGAGGAGGAGUUAAGUUUCGAUUAUGGAGAAAAGUUUUGGUUGGCCAAAUAUAAGUUGUUUUCGUGCCUUUGUGGCAGUUUGGAGUGCAAGUAUUCCGAGGAUACGAUUGGAAUGAGGACUUAAGUUUUUGAGGAUAGGAUUUGUUAUUUCUUGCCAAUUAAUUCCAUUGUAAACGACUGAUUUCGUUAUUUAUUUGUGUUUUGUAAGUUUAUUUAUUUGGAAGGUUUAAUAAAACAAUUGAAAGUAUAA